AGAUCCUAAAAAAAAAAAAAAAUAAAUAAAAAAAAGCAGCAAUCCCGGGAUCUUCCAAUUUUGAUUAGCACACAGGUGUGGCCUUUGGUAGCGGGGGCGAGUCGAACCCUUCGAUCUCAUUAAAAGAUGCUUUCAGCCGCUGGUUAUCAUGUGCCAACUGUUGUUUGGAGAGAAACAUCAGUAAAUUUGUUAGCCUAAGUGAAGUCAGGAACAGUUAAAUGAAUUUGCUGAUAACAUUACAAAAUAUUCAUCCCUAUUGUAAAUGGCAACCGAAAGUCCUGUUGUGAUAUCGGGAAGCGCAGACAGAUGGCAGGUCCUCAAGAACUCGCCAAGGUACAGGCCAUCAACUUCCGAGAUGGCCAUUGAGGGCCUGGAUUUUUUAACCUUAAAAGAUCAAAGGUCACAGAGCUUCGUAAAGGAUAUGAUGCCUAACCGAAGUGAAAGUGCACCCCCGAGCAUGGAAGGUUCUUUGGCGGCAAUGGAGAAUAUUGUUCCCCACCGGAAAAUAAAUUUCACCUUUUAUCCUGGCUCUUCACCUCCAAGCAUAUCUGAUGUUAAUGGUGAAAAUGCGAAGUUAUCGAGGAACAAACUUCCUGCUCAUGUGGAAGAGCCCGAGGAUGAUCAAUCGUGUAAUUACAGCUCUAUUGUGCCUGUGGAGAAGUCAGGUUUCUCGGGUUAUCACAGUCGUUCAUUAGACUCAAUGCAGGACACAAACCAGAGGACAAACCAGAGCCCCUCAACUGCAGGUGCUGGUCAUGUAGAUUCUGUUCAUACCCAGCCUACAACGAGUGCCAAUGCAUGUAGUGAUUCAAAUUCAAACUCACAAAACCUUCAUACCAAAGAGCAACUUGGCUGGAAAAAUAAUGAGCUGCACCAACGAGCUCCACCACAAGAUAUCAGUACUUCUCGAGUUCAAGCUUCUUCCUCUCAGAUCAUUUAUCCAGCAAUAACCCAUGCGUACAGUAGCUUGAACCAGCUCCAUCAUAUUCCUUCAAACACUUCAAUGCCUUAUUCGAAUCCACACAGCCCACUUUACCAUAAUGUUCCGCAAGCUGGCUUCUUUGUGCUACAAUAUGGCUCUGGUGGAUAUAAUUUGAACUCGACCGUUUUACCCUCGUAUUUAGCCGGAUAUCCACACCAGGGCAGUGCUUUCCCUGUGGCAUUCAAUAGUGCACCUUUUUAUGGUCGGGUUGGAGUUCCUUUACAGCUUCCAUUUCAUGUGCAGUACUUCCAACCUCCUUUACGAGAUCCCUAUGGCUCGUAUAGUCAUUUCUAUCAUGAAGCACCAAGAGAUGGUGCGAAUCAAAUGGGCUCUUGUGACUCGAAAAAGGAAUCUCAGCAGUUGUCUGGCUCGGGCUAUAACAAUCUGAAUCUCAGAAGAGGGAAUGUUUCUGGUCACUACUAUGGAAGCCCGACUUCUGUUGGCCCUUUUGGUCAGUUUCCUGAUGCAUCUGUUGUUCAUCCAGCCAUGCAACCUCAAAUGGCAGCAGUAUCUAACACGAGUCUUUCUCACUUUUCUAGUGGUAACCCCAGUAGAAUUAGUGGUCAAAGUCAGAUCUGGAAAGAUGCGAAAUUGAAUUAUUUUCUUGAAGAGCUGAAAUCUGGUAACUGCCAAAAAUUGGAGCUUUCUGAUAUAGAAGGAUAUAUUGUUGAAUUCAGUGUUGAUCAACAUGGAAGUAGAUUCAUUCAGCAGAAGUUAUUGAUGUGCAGUCUUGAAGAGAAAGCAUCCGUUUUCAAGGAAGUCGUCCCUCAUGCUUCCAAACUAAUAACCGAUCUUUUUGAACACGGGAAUUCAGAAGAAAGGAUGAACCUUGCAGAUCAACUGAGAGGUCAAAUACUGCCUUUGAGUUUGCAGAUGUAUGGAUGUCGUGUAAUACAGAAGGCUCUUGAUGUUAUUAAUUUGGAGCAAAAGACAAGGCUUGUACAAGAGCUUGACGGACAUGUAUUGAGAUGUGUUCGUGAUCAAAAUGGGAAUCAUGUUAUACAGAAGUGUAUCGAGAGUAUUCCCCUAGAGAAUAUUCAUUUCAUGGUUUCUUCUUUUCGUGGGCAAGUUGCCUCACUCUCAAUGCACCCUUAUGGCUGCCGUGUUAUACAGAGGUUCCUGGAGCAUUGUAGUGACAAUGUACAAACAAAAUUCAUAUUCAACGAGAUUUUGGACUCAGUUUGCUCACUCGCUCAAGACCAAUAUGGCAAUUAUGUUACGCAGAGUCACCUUUUCUUGAAAUUUCUCGUCCUUUCAUUUCGACUGGCGUGUGGAUCAAUGGUUUCUGAUGUUUCAUCGAAAGUUUUCUUGAGAGCGGAGAUGCUUGGUGAUUUGCAGAAAAAAGUUGUUAAGAGUAGGCAAUCGAUGGCCGCGACGCAAGGGAUGGCAGCUAUGGCGUCAGGAGCGACGGUGUCGGAGGUGAUGUCAUCAGAAGUAGAUGUCCCGAUCUUGAUCAAAGAGAUUGUUUUGGAGGUCGGGGAACAAUUGUCGCGAGAAAAUCGGGCACUUGCUUCCAGAGUUGAAAUGUCAGCUGAUGCCUCCGAGGGUGAUGAGAGUCGAUUACUUCAAGUUGAAGCUUUGGAGUUUAUAGCAGAUCGUUUGCGGUCUUUAGCGAAUGAGGCUGCAGAGUUGCGGGGAAAGCCUCAUGAAAGGAGUCGAAUCAUUGAGAAGUUAGUUGGAUCUAUUGUGCAAUUGAGCCAGCACAAAUUCGCAUCAAAUGUUGUCGAAAAAUGUGUGGAGUAUAGUGAUUCUGAUGCAAGAGAAAGGCUGAUAAAGGAAAUUAUAGGGGAUGGCGACAAGAAUGAUAAUUUAUUGGUUAUGAUGAAAGACCAGUAUGCAAAUUAUGUCAUCCAGAGGAUACUUGAAAAAUGCUCGAACGAUCAUCGGGAAGUACUACUCAGCCAGAUCAAAAAUCAUCUAACUGUUCUAAAGAAAUACACGUACGGAAAACACAUUGUUUCCCGAUUUGAAAAACUAUAUGCCUAUGGAGAUGUCUUAAAAUAUGAGAGGAUAAAUGCUUGUGAGCAAGGACGCGUCUCAUUAACGUGCUAUUGUUGGUUGCGAAGACCAUACAGCGAAUUGUUCGAAAGAACUUUUAUACACGAUAUGAUAAGAUGUGUAUUUUAAUUGAUGUGUAUAGUUUAGGAGAUUGUACGAACGUAUAAAUGGUGCUGUGCUCGCACUAUGUAUUUAUGCAGACGGGUUAGGGUUAAAAUUCUGAAAGAUGUACACGCUUGUAUUAUUUUCCAGCCAUUGGCCUAUGUUUGGAAUCCGUUCUAUGACUAAUUCUACCUUUCUAAUGCUGGUGAAUACUUGCAUAUCUUUU